AUGGUCUGCUCAAAAUGCCAAAAGAAGCUUCAGUCCACUGAGCUUGCCACACCCGGUGUCAAGCGUAAGAAUGAUAUGUACUACGGUUCCCCGAGUAGCUCGCUCGGCGGCGGAGACAAAGGCAAGGCUAAGCCGACAUUAGGCGCGACGGGGAUUGGGAAGAGCAAACUCCUCAGCUCCAAGGCUAAGAAUCCUUAUGCGGCUUAUGCUUCUUCUUGUGAGACUUGCAAGACCAAGACCGAGCAGGGGAAGAAGUUCUGUCAGCGGUGUGCCUAUAAGAAGAACGCUUGUGCCAUGUGCGGCAAAAGUCUGGCAGGGAAGACAUCCAAAGACCAGCCUAUCGUGCAGGGCCAGAAAUUCAACUUGAAGUGA